GGCUGCGGCGGCGUGGGGCGCGCGCACACGUUGCAUUUUUCCCCCUCCCCCUCGCUCCGCUGAACCCCGCGUUACGGGCGCCUGGGAAGACCGGCAGUCGGUGGGAGAUGGCGACGCUCUGCCUGACGGUGAACGCGGGAGACCCGCCCCUGGGAGCCCUGCUGGCAGUUGAGCAUGUGAAAGGUGAUGUCAGCAUUUCUGUGGAAGAAGGGAAAGAGAAUCUUCUUCGUGUUUCAGAGAAUGUGGUGUUUACAGACGUAAACUCCAUACUGCGCUACUUGGCUCGAGCUGCGGCCUCGGUGGGGCUGUAUGGCAUGAACCUGAUGGAACAUACUGAGAUUGAUCACUGGUUGGAAUUUAGUGCUACAAAAUUAUCUUCAUGUGACUUAUUUACUUCUGCAAUCAACGAGCUUAAUCACUGCCUGUCUCUGAGAACAUAUUUAGUUGGAAACUCCUUGACUUUAGCUGAUUUAUGCAUUUGGGCCACCCUAAAAGGAAAUGCUAUGUGGCAGGAACAACUGAAACAAAACAAAACUCCAGUUCACAUAAAACGGUGGUUUGGUUUUCUUGAUGCCCAGCAGGCCUUUCAAUCAGUAGGUACCAAGUGGAAUGUUUCAGCAAACAAAGCUAGAGUGGCACCUGAGAAAAAACAGGAUGUUGGGAAAUUCAUUGAGCUUCCAGGUGCAGAGAUGGGAAAGGUCACUGUCAGGUUUCCUCCAGAGGCCAGUGGGUACUUGCACAUUGGGCACGCCAAAGCCGCUCUUCUGAACCAGCACUACCAGGUCAGCUUCAGAGGGAAGCUGAUCAUGAGAUUUGAUGACACAAAUCCUGAAAAAGAAAAGGAAGAUUUUGAGAAGGUUAUCUUGGAAGAUGUUGCCAUGUUGCAUAUAAAACCAGAUCAAUUUACUUACACCUCAGAUCAUUUUGAAACAAUUAUGAAAUAUGCAGAGAAACUAAUUCAAGAAGGGAAAGCAUAUGUGGACGAUACACCAGCUGAGCAGAUGAAAGCGGAGCGUGAGCAGAGAGUAGAGUCCAAACACCGACAAAACUCUGUUGAGAAGAAUCUACAAAUGUGGGAAGAAAUGAAAAAAGGGAGCCAGUUUGGUCAGUCAUGUUGUUUGCGAGCCAAAAUUGACAUGAGUAGCAACAAUGGGUGCAUGAGAGACCCGACCCUUUACCGCUGCAAAAUUCAGCCACAUCCGAGAACCGGGAAUGCGUACAAUGUUUAUCCAACAUACGAUUUUGCCUGCCCUAUAGUUGAUAGCAUCGAAGGUGUUACUCAUGCCCUGAGAACAACAGAGUACCAUGACAGAGACGAGCAGUUUUAUUGGAUUAUUGAAGCUUUAGGUAUAAGAAAACCAUAUAUCUGGGAAUAUAGUCGCUUAAAUCUCAACAAUACAGUGCUGUCCAAAAGAAAACUCACAUGGUUUGUCAACGAAGGACUGGUAGAUGGAUGGGAUGACCCCCGAUUCCCUACAGUUCGGGGCGUUUUGAGGAGAGGGAUGACAGUUGAAGGACUAAAACAGUUCAUUGCUGCUCAGGGCUCCUCACGGUCUGUUGUAAAUAUGGAAUGGGACAAAAUCUGGGCAUUUAACAAAAAGCUACGAGCUCUCUGUAAAAAGGUUAUUGACCCUGUGGCUCCCCGAUAUGUUGCAUUAUUGAAGCGAGAAGUGAUUCCUGUGAGCAUCCCCGAAGCACAGGAGGAGAUGAAAGAAGUUGCCAAGCACCCCAAGAAUCCUGAUGUAGGUCUGAAGCCUGUGUGGUACGGUUCCAAGGUGUUCAUAGAAGGAGCCGAUGCAGAGACUUUCUCAGAGGGCGAGGUGGUUACAUUUAUAAAUUGGGGCAACAUCACCAUUACCAAAAUACACAGAAAUGCAGAUGGAAAAAUUGUAUCUCUUGAUGCAAAACUGAAUUUGGAAAACAAAGACUACAAGAAAACCACUAAGAUCACUUGGCUUGCUGAGACUUGUCAUGCUCUUCCAGUUCCAGCCAUCUGUGUCACGUACGAGCACUUGAUUACAAAGCCAGUGAUAGGAAAGGAUGAGGACUUCAAGCAGUAUGUCAAUAAGGACAGUAAGCAUGAAGAACUCAUGCUAGGGGACCCAUGCCUAAAGGACUUGAGAAAAGGAGACAUUAUACAGCUGCAGAGGAGAGGCUUCUUCAUAUGUGAUCAGCCGUAUGAGCCUGUUAGCCCAUAUAGUUGCAGAGAAGCCCCGUGCAUUUUGAUAUACAUACCUGAUGGACAUACAAAGGAAAUGCCCACAUUUGGGUCAAAGGAAAAGACCAAAGUAGAAACCACAAAAAAGGAGCCAAUUUCUCCUCGGAAGGAGAGACCAGCCCCUUCCCAGAGCAGUAGCUUUUGUGCUGCAGCGGAAGGCCCCGUGUUCCUUUACAACAGAGUGGCUGUUCAGGGGGACGCUGUGCGAGAAUUAAAAGCCAAGAAGGCAGCAAAGGAAGAGGUAGACGCAGCCGUGAGGCAGCUUCUGGCUUUGAAAGCUGAAUAUAAAGAGAAGACUGGGCAGGAAUACAAGCCUGGACAUCCUCCUGCCGCCGAAGUGCAGAACAUGUCUGCUCAGGCCCCAGCGAGCGCUGUGGAAAGCAGAGCCCUGCACGAGAAAGUUGCCGCACAAGGGGAGGUGGUUCGGAAGCUGAAGGCUGAAAAGGCUCCUAAGGCUAAAGUAAAUGAAGCUGUAGAGUGCUUGCUGUCCCUGAAAGCUGAGUACAAAGAAAAAACUGGGAAGGAAUACAUACCUGGUCAGCCCCCAUCAUCUCAGGGGCUAAAGUCAGGCUCUGACAGCAGGUCUGACCCUGCAGGGCCAGAGACACCGGAAGCCAAAGCACUUUUUGACAAGGUGGCUUGUCAAGGAGAAGCUGUUCAAAAACUAAAGGCUGAGAAAGCCUCCAAGGCUCAGGUAGGUGCAGCUGCUCAAGAGCUGCUGCGGCUGGAGGCUCAGCACCAGGCUCUGACAGGAGUAGAGCACAAGCCUGUGACGGCCCCUGGGGCCGAGGACAGAGAUAAGAAGAGGAAAGAAAAGGAAAAUAAAUCUGAAAAGCAGAAUAAGCCUCAGAAACAAAAUGAGGGCCAAGGGAAAGACUCUUCUAAAAGCCAAGGGAGCGGGCUGUCACCCAGUGGAGCCGGAGAAGGGCAAGGGCCCAAGAAGCAGACCAGGUUGGGGCUUGAAGCAAAAAAAGAAGAAAAUCUUGCCGAAUGGUAUUCCCAAGUCAUCACAAAGUCAGAGAUGAUUGAGUACUAUGAUGUAAGUGGCUGCUAUAUUCUUCGCCCCUGGGCGUAUUCCAUUUGGGAAUCCAUUAAGGACUUUUUUGAUGCUGAGAUCAAGAAACUUGGUGUUGAAAACUGCUAUUUCCCCAUCUUUGUGUCUCAAGGUGCCUUAGAAAAAGAGAAGGAUCACAUAGCUGACUUUGCCCCUGAGGUUGCUUGGGUUACAAGAUCUGGCAAAACAGAUUUGGCAGAACCGAUUGCUAUCCGUCCCACUAGUGAAACAGUAAUGUAUCCUGCAUAUGCAAAAUGGGUGCAGUCACACAGAGACCUGCCCAUCAGGCUGAAUCAGUGGUGCAAUGUAGUGCGUUGGGAGUUCAAGCACCCACAGCCUUUCCUCCGCACCCGUGAGUUCCUCUGGCAGGAAGGGCACAGUGCUUUCGCUACCUUUGAGGAGGCGGCAGAAGAGGUCAUGCAGAUACUUGAGCUGUACACUCGGGUAUAUGAAGAACUCCUGGCAAUUCCUGUUGUGAAAGGAAGAAAGACAGAAAAGGAGAAGUUUGCAGGAGGAGACUAUACAACCACUGUGGAAGCAUUCAUAUCUGCGAGUGGUCGUGCUAUCCAGGGAGGAACAUCACAUCAUUUAGGUCAGAAUUUUUCCAAAAUGUGUGAAAUUGUUUUUGAAGAUCCAAAGACACCAGGAGAGAAGCAGUUUGCCUAUCAGUGCUCCUGGGGCCUGACGACUCGAACUAUUGGUGUUAUGAUCAUGGUUCAUGGGGACAACAUGGGCUUAGUAUUGCCACCCCGUGUAGCCUGUGUUCAGGUGGUGGUGAUUCCCUGUGGCAUCACCAAUGCCCUGUCUGAUGAAGAGAAAAACGCGCUGAUGGCAAAGUGCAGUGAGUACCAAAGGCGGCUGCUUGCCGUUAACAUCCGCGCUAGAGUUGAUCUGCGAGACAACUAUUCUCCAGGUUGGAAAUUCAAUCACUGGGAGCUCAAGGGAGUUCCAGUUAGACUUGAAGUUGGGCCUCGUGACAUGAAGAGCUGUCAGUUUGUAGCUGUCAGAAGAGAUAAUGGAGAAAAGUUGACAAUUGCUGAAAAUGAGGCCGAGACUAGACUUCAGGCUCUUUUGGAAGACAUCCAGCUUAACCUUUUCACUAGGGCUUCUGAAGACCUUAGGACCCACAUGGUCGUGGCUGACACAUUGGAGGACUUUCAGAAGUUACUUGAUUCUGGGAAGAUUGUUCAGAUUCCAUUCUGUGCUGAAAUCGACUGUGAAGACUGGAUCAAAAAGACCACUGCCAGGGACCAGGACCUGGAACCUGGUGCUCCGUCCAUGGGAGCGAAAAGCCUUUGUAUCCCUUUCAAACCACUGUGCGAGCUGCAGCCCGGAGCCAAAUGCAUCUGUGGAAAGAACCCUGCCAAGUUCUACACCUUGUUUGGCCGCAGCUAUUAAAGGAUAAAGUAGAGCCCUCAGACCGUAACUUAAAAAGACAAGUUGAUACUUAUAUCUUCUCAGAUUCAGUUUUUUGCUUUUUUAAAAUAAGAGUUCUAAAAAGUAAUCACAUGAAAUGAACAACUAUUCUUAUGCCUAAAUCAACAGUGGAAAAUACUUUUCUGUAAACAACCCCAGUAAUAAAUACCAUGAACUAGUA